AUGUGCUUCGGCAGCAAAUCCCAUCGUGACUCGUCCGCCGUCGGGCCCAAGCCUGCGGCUGCUGUAUCCCAGCAGAACUCGGCAUCGGUCCCGGCGGUAUCAAAGAGUACUCAUACGGCGCCGCCGCAACAGCAGCAGCAACCACAACAACAGCCUGAGGAGUAUGCGCCGCCCCCGGGUCCACCACCUGGUUCUUUGCAGUCUCCUCAGCCUGCGCGGCCUGCGGUCGAUGACGGCCUCGCGCCGCCUCCAGGACCGCCUCCUUCGCACACUCCCCAACCCCAAACAACGACAAGUGACGAUUAUGCACCACCACCAGGGCCUCCCCCGUCCCAGAACGCCUCUGGGCCACCUCCAGGCUACAGCAACCCACCCGCCCCCGCCCAGGAGCAACAGCCCCAGCACGACUGGCAGGCCGCGGUCCCGGACACGGCCCUCUUCCCGCCGCCGCCGGACAUAUUCUCACACCACGAGUUCUCCCCGGCCAACAACGCGUCCGAGCUGGAGAUGGAGGCCGGCGAGGCCUGGUGCGCGGCGCACCCGCUGUCGCCGCCGCUGACGCUGGACCCGCCGUCGGCCGCCGCCCACGAGGCCCACAACCCGCGCCUGAUGCAGCCCGCCAACUUCCGCGGCGUGCUCCGCUGGCUCGGCCACGGCCACUGGGAGCUGCGCACCGCCGACCGCCGCUGCACCGACUCCACCGUGCUCGCCUACCCGCCGCUGUACUGCGCGGGCCGCCAGCAGCAGAAUGUCUCCGCCGCAAAGUCGACCGUCGUCUACUACGAGGUCCAGAUCCGCAGCGACAGCCGCGCCGACGAGACCUCUCUGGCCGUCGGCUUCGCCGCGCUGCCCUACCCGCCGUUCCGCCUUCCCGGCUGGCACCGCGCCAGCUUGGCCGUGCACGGGGACGAUGGUCACCGCUACACCAACGACCUGGCCGGUGGCUGCAGCUUCACGACGCCGUUCCGCCGCGGCGAGAGGGUCGGGCUGGGCAUCAAGUUCACCGGCGGGCCCGGCGGCAGGGUCGUCGUCUUCUUCACCAGGGGUGGCAAGGUCGAUGGGAGCUGGGACCUGCACGAGGAGACCGACGCCACAGAGGUCGGCGGCGUCCAGGGGCUCGAGGGCUGGCACGACAUCAGCGCCGCGAUUGGCACCUUUGACUUUGUGAGCCUCGAGGUGUUUUUCGAGCCGGCCAAGUGGUUGUAUAAGGGAACUGGUCAAGACGUAAUGUAA